UUUAGCUUCCGUCUGUGGUGACCACUUGGUGUUCCGAUGAAGGACUCCUUGACUCUCCUGUCCCGCAUCCAGGCACACCCGGAUUCCUGUUGUUGGUUCCUGGCCUGGAAUCCCAAAGGGACACUACUGGCUUCCUGUGGUGGAGACCGUAGCAUCCGCAUCUGGGGAAAAGAAGGUGAUGGCUGGGUGUGCAAGUCCAUUCUGGGUGAAGGGCACCAAAGGACCAUCCGCAAAGUGGCCUGGUCCCCCUGUGGGAACUACUUGGCUUCAGCCAGCUUUGAUGCAACCACCUGCAUCUGGAAGAAGAACCAGGCCGAUUUCGAGUGUGCAGCGACUCUGGAGGGCCAUGAGAAUGAGGUGAAGUCCGUAGCCUGGGCCCCGUCUGGCAGCCUCCUGGCUACCUGCAGCCGAGACAAAAGCGUCUGGGUUUGGGAAGGUGAGCGAGAACUUGGAGAAUCGUGGGAGGCAGACAAUCCUUUGGUGAUAGGGGGGGAAAGGGAGGAUUGGCAGAGGGGGGCUUUGAAAUUUUCAGAACCUGUUAUGAUGCUCUCACAAAGUGGCUGCCAGGAUAAGCAUGUGUCAGAAUGUGCAAAGCAUGACUGCUAUUUUGAGACAACCCAGGAGCAAAGACAGGGUCCAGAGCUUCCCCGAAGUUUCCCUCCCUUAAAGGGGACAGAGGCCAACUUCCACUUGGAUCUCAUGUCUGCGUUCCAGUGGCGGAGCCAUAAGAGCCGCCUGGUGGUGACAUUAGAACCCAGAGCCCUGGAAGCAAACUUGGCAGAGUUGAGGGUGGCAUCUGCAGUGCAUUCUGCUGCCGCUAAAACCUUAUUGAACUCCUGUCUCAAUUUGGUGUCACCUGUCAGGAACUUAGCAGAAAUCUGUCUGAGACAGAGGAGGCAGGCCCUGGACAUGAAAGAUGCCAAAGUGGCUGUCUUAAUGGCCCAGGCAGGUCUUGUGACAUGCCCUUUCUGA